GGAGUUCUUCCUUGUCCUCUCCGCAUUUGACCUCAUCUGAGGAACCCGUCGUUGGCGAGCAGCCAAUGACGUAUAAGCUACCUGUCAACUAUGACAUCAACACAACAUCAUAACGAACAUGACUUGAAGCUGCACGAAUUGAUCAUCGACUUUCUGUAGUCUAUUCUAUGUUACAGUGUCUACGUACUCCAUCAAACGAAUAUCAAAAUGUCGUUCCUUACAGAAACAGUCGCCCGCCGUGUGGCUCUCACCUCUCGAGUUGCCUCGGUUCAGGCUCCUCGUCAGUUCAGCACAAGCAUGGCCGCCCGCAAAACAAUGUCAGAGGCCGCCAAGGACACAUUAAAAACCGUGGACCGCAAGGUCUCGGACAAACUCGUCGACGGCAUCAACGCAGGCUCCAAGGCUGCCGAGACAGUAACGGGAAAGGCCACCGAGGCCAGCUAUAAGGCAGCUGAUAGCGCUGAGGAGAUCCGAAGCAAGGCGAACGCUAGCUCUGAGGAGCUUGCAGGUAAGGCCAAGGGAGCUGCUCACGAGGCCGAGGGUACCAUAAAGGGCGCAGCGAAAAAUGCUGAGGGGAAGGUCAAGGGAUCUCUAUAAACAGAGUCGUCUCAUCACCAGUGUACAUUAUGGGAGGGGUUUGAUCCAAACAGUCAUCAUUGGCGUUCUUACACCGGUUUGCAUGGAGGUUCAUGAUACCUACUGUCUCAGAGGAGAGACUCUGUACGAAGUUAUGAUGUAAUAAUCAUUAGAGAAAAAAAUCCGCAUAUCACACCAA